AUGCGUUUCAUCGCUGCCGUUCUUGCCCUUGCGGCGGUUGCAUCCGCUGCACCUAAGGUCAAGAAGCACGGUGGGUUGGAUCACAUCUCGGUGGAGGAAGCCAACGACGCUUGUGGCAACGACUUGGAAUUGCACUGCUGCAACAAGGAGCACGACCAGGCUGCCGGUCACGGCGACGUUUCGAAGAAUCCGGGUGUCAUAGGCGGCAUCCUAGAUGGAGCCAGCAUCUUCGAUGAAUGCUCCCAACUGUCGGUGGCACUGCUUAUCGGAGUCCAGGAUCUCCUCAAAACCCAAUGCACGGCCAAGGCUGCCUGCUGCCAGCGUACAUCGUCCAAUGCGGCUGGCGGUCUCAUCAAUGCUGGUCUCCCUUGCAUCCCUCUCAACAGCCUCAUUCAGUAA